AUGAAUACCAACAACAUACGAGACAAAAUACCACUUGCAAAAGUCUAUCGACGUCCAGAUAACAAAGUCAUAAAGGCUACUGCUGGAAGAAAUAUCAAAAGUCUUGUUGGAAAUAAACUUGUUGAUGAAGUAGAAGAGGAUGAACAUAAUUGUGAUAAUCUGGUGGAUGAACAAGAUGGAGAUCAAGAUAAUGACCAACCAAGUGAUGAAGAUAUGCAAGAAGGUGAAGAAGACAGUGCACAAGAAGAUAGUGCAGAAGACAUGGAGCAAGACGAUAGUGCACAAGAACGUGAAGAAGGUGAUGAAGAUAGUGCAGAAGAAGAAGAUGAUGAACAAGACGAUGUACUAAACGAAAGUGAGGAAGAAAAUGAGGAUGAAGAAGAAGAGGAUGAACAAGAAGAGGAUGAAACAGAAAAUCAAGCUCAAGUCAACAAUGCACAACCAAAGAUUAAAAUAACAAAAUACAAAAGGAAAAAGGAAGCUGCAUUUGAAACUCAUAUACCAAGAAAAAGGAUUGCUGGAACAUUAUAUCCAAUAUUGAAGUUCAUGAACAAGGAUGUUAAGAAAACAGAAGGGGCUAAACAUAUAAAUAAGAAAAAAGACGAGGUCAAGAUAAGGAUAUCUCCAAGGCAUUUUAGUAAGAUGGUAGGUGAACUCACAAAAGAGCAGAGGGACUGGGUUACAAGAGCUGGUUUUGCACUCUUACUGGAUUUUGAGCUUGACAUUUUGCCAACCAAAAUCGCCUACAAUGUACUCCAAAUCUUUGAUCACCACUCAAUCUCACUGAAGCUGAAGGAUGGAGAUAUUAAUAUUACAAGUGAAGAUGUUUAUGAUGUGUUAGGCCUGCCAAAUGGAGGACAUCUUAUUAUUCUGGCAUCACCUGGAAAGUACAGUCAAAGAAUCAAAGAUUGGCAUGCACAAUUCAAUUUACCUGAUCAAAUAACAACACAGAUGAUUGUUCAAGUGAUGAAAAACCAAGAAGUUAAUGAUAACUUCAAAUUAAACUUCCUUCUUGUUAUGUCAAAUGUGCUUAUUGGUACAAAAGGAGCUUCUUAUGUGGACAAACAACUGCUGCAACUUGAUGAUAACCUUGACAAUCUCAAGAAGUAUAACUGGGCAGAUUUCCUCCUAGGCUACCUUGUAAUUGGAAUGGAGAGUUGGAACAGAACAACAACAACAUUUUUCCGAGGAUCACUAAUCUUUCUCACUUUGUUAUAUGUCGACCGUGUGAGGUACAAAGGAAUGAACCUAGUUGAUAGACAAUUUCCUUCCUACAAUGGUUGGACUCUAGAAAUGUUGAGACAAAGACAAGAAAUUGAGGUGAUUGACGGAGUUUUUGGAGUUGGAUCAAUCCAACCAAGUUUAAAAGAAUAUCUACAAAAAAUUGAUCCUUCUGAACCUCCAAAGACAAAGGUAAAUGAUAAUGAAGAUGGAGCCUGGGAUACGUGGCAGUAUUGGUCAGAGGUGGAUAGAAUUGAAAACGAUUACCUGAAGAGAAAGGAGUCAACAUCACAACAACCUCAUGAAUCAACUCAGUGCCAAAGUCCACAAAAUACACAGUAUUACACUCCUCCAACAGAGGCAGCUGAUGGAAAUGUUGAACAAACUGAAGAGGAUGUACUUGAUGAUUUACGUAAAAGGGCAGAGGAACUUGUGGACAUAAAGUCCAAAUUUGAUGAAGAUUUAGUGAAAGCAAGGGAAAAGUUUCCCGAUAAUAAAAACUUUGCUAUUAUCGGUGAAAUGCUGAAAGAAUAUCUCAUUCCUAACCAGGAAACUGGUGAUGAUUUGGGUGAUGAAUUAUCACCUGAAAUAGUCGCCAGCCUAGAAGUUGUUGAAGAGAUGGACAGAACCGACAUUGAGAUCCUUGCUGAGCAACAGAAAGAUGAUGAGAGAUAUGUCCCUCCUUUUUCCCUUGGACUGGAUGACAUAGAAAAAGAAAGUAAUCAAAAUUUGGUCACGCCAGAGCCAGAACCACAAGAGAGAGAAAAAAGCAAGCGGACAAAGAAAGUUGGUCCAUAUCAAAAAUCACCUUAUGUCAACAGGGUGAUUGAUAUCAAGGAAAGAAUGAACAAUGAAGACUUUGGAUAUUGGGUCUUCUUGCUAAAGAAAAAGGGCGAGCUAUUGGAUGAUUUGUUUAGAUGGGAGGAUGUGAUAUGUAUCAAGGAACACUUGUUGACGCUGAAACCAAAAACAAGUGUAUACUACUCUGUGAUCGAUACAUGGGCAACAAUCCUAAAUGACAGUGAAAAGUACAAGGCAGAUGGGUCACCACUAAGACUUUUCUGCACAAUAGGAGAUUUGAUUUUCAGCAUUGAUCUAGAAAAGAAAGUCACCGAAACUUAUGAUUCGUUUGCCAGUGGGAUGGACAAGAUUCUUUGUUAG